UUUCUUUUGUUGUCAAUACAAACAGCCAAUUCGCUAUGAACGCUUCCCUCUCUGAUUUUCAGUGUAUAAUAAAAGGACUAAAGGAGACUCAUUUCACCUUACAGUUUAUAUCAAAGUUAUAAGUCGCGUUCACUAAACAUAAAACAACUACAAAUAUCACAUGUGGAUCCCCUUCUUGACUCUCUUUUGAGUAAUCUCGAAAAUGGCGUCCAUUUACGAUGGACAAACUUAAAUGACACCGAACAAGGCUCGGAAAGACCUGAUAGCGUUAUUUCUGUCAUUAUGCAGUCCAAUUGGGGUAAGAGCUUGGGGUACGGAGAAGCAAAGAUUGCAGAGCCCACCGACAACAAGUUCAUGCAUGCCUGGGACUUGUGCCGCCUUGGGCAUUUUUCUAAGGAAACGAUAAAUACCGUCAACAUUAAGUCCUCCAUCUCUUUCCAAUUAAAAGGCCAUAGCAUCACUGUAUACACGACCAUACUGAGUGCAGACGGGAUUUAUACCAUGCUUGAACUUACUCGUAUACAAAUUCCGCAAUCCGUGGAGAGCUUGGAACUGCUUACAACUCAAUCGACACUCAAACAAUUGCUACAGGUGGCAUACGUGUUUGAAAAAAUCAGACAACAAAAGAAAGAGGAGACAAAAGAAUUCUUUCUCAUGAAGCGAUAUGGACCCGGAUUGGUUCAGCUUCGGGAAUUAAUAUCAGACAAAAAAGACAGAAAACGACCUUGUACAUUGCGCUUUUAAACAUCCUCUCCUUGACACUCUUUUUUUUUUGUUAUUAUACCAGUCUCUAUGCCAUUUUUUCCCAAUAAAUUUCUACUUAUUUGACCA